UGUUCCAGUUCAGCUAGCAUUGAUUAGUUUUCUAUUCCAAUAACUGCUCCACGGAUCCAUAACCAUAUAUAUAUAUAACAAGCUAGCAUUUGUUAAGGCUUGGUUUCUGUCUUGGAAGUAGGAAAUGCUAGGAAGCAAAGGAAAUCACGCGAGGAAAAUGGUAAUCAGACGUAUGAACUUCAAACAUAUAAAGCACUAGCCAUAAAUCCGAGCCAACAAAUACACACCUGGGUCCUCAAAUUUACUAUCAAUUACAAUGAGCAUGAUCCUCUGCUAGUUUUCUUAUACAAUAUAGACUCGCUGCUUAAUCGUUUUGCAGCUACAAAACCUGAAUCAUGUAGCUGGGUUUGUCAGGUUUGGCUAUGAUUUAUUGUUUGUCCUUUGUUGGAAGGAGUACGCGGGACCAUAGGAAAAAAAAUUGUACUCAUUUGUUAUUUACUAAUACAAUUUUGACAUUGUAACCGUAAUUAUUUUUUAUUUAGUAAUAUAUUAAUUUAUUUUUAGCAUUAUCCCAUCAAAACAAACUUAAAAAAAUUAAAAUUUUUAAAAAUCACAGCAUGAACAAACAACGGGUCCUAACUGUACUAGUUAACUACUCCUCUUCCAUUAGUGAGGUAAUUUUACAACAAAAGAUUCCAUAUUCCCCCGCGCUCUCUCUGCAUUUCCACCAUGGCUCCUUCAACCCCAAGACUAGUAGUGCCAAUAGACUUGAAGAAGAAGCCUUGGGAGCAAAUACUCCCUCUCCACAACCGGUGGCAUCCAGGAAUACCACCAGUUGCUGAGGUUAAAGUCGGUGAGGUGUUUAGAGUGGAGAUGGUUGACUGGACUGGAGGUAUGAUCAAAGAUAAUGAUUCUGCAAUUGAUGUGAAAACCAUAGACUUAUCAUCUGUUCACUAUCUCAGUGGCCCAAUUAGAGUUUUGGACGAGGAAGGGAAGCCAGCACAGCCAGGUGAUCUACUUGCUGUUGAAAUAUGCAACUUGGGUCCCCUCCCUGGAGAUGAAUGGGGUUUUACAGCAUCAUUUGACAGAGAAAAUGGAGGUGGUUUCUUGACUGACCACUUUCCUUGUGCAACCAAAGCUAUUUGGUAUUUUGAAGGAAUCUAUGCCUAUUCGCCUCAAAUACCAGGGGUUCGAUUUCCAGGUCUGACUCACCCUGGAAUAGUUGGUACUGCACCAUCAAGGGAACUCCUGAACAUAUGGAAUGAAAGGGAGAGAGAAGUAGAGGAAAAUGGGCUCAAACAUCUGAAGCUAUGCGAAGUUUUGCAUUCAAGACCACUGGCAAAUCUACCAUCAACAAAAGGUUGCCACCUAGGAAAGAUCCAAAAGGGCACGCCUGAAUGGGAAAAGAUUGCUACUGAGGCAGCAAGAACAAUUCCAGGAAGAGAAAAUGGAGGAAAUUGUGACAUAAAAAAUCUUAGUAGAGGUUCGAAAGUGUAUCUUCCAGUAUUCAUAGAAGGAGCAAAUGUUAGCACUGGUGACAUGCACUUCUCUCAGGGCGAUGGUGAAAUUGCCUUCUGUGGGGCGAUUGAGAUGAGUGGGUUCUUGGAGCUCAAGUGUGAAAUCAUAAAGGGUGGAAUGAAAGAGUACCUUACCCCAAUGGGGCCGACUCUUCUUCAUGUGAACCCAAUCUUUGAGAUAGGCCCUGUGGAGCCAAGAUUUUCAGAAUGGUUGGUAUUUGAAGGCAUCAGUGUAGAUGAGAGCGGAAGGCAGCACUUCCUUGAUGCAAGUGUUGCAUACAAGCGAGCAGUGCUCAAUGCCAUCGACUACCUCUCUAAAUUUGGCUACUCCAAAGAACAGAUGUAUCUUCUGCUAUCAUGUUGCCCAUGUGAAGGAAGGAUUUCUGGAAUAGUCGAUUCUCCUAAUGCUGUUGCCACCUUUGCAAUCCCAACAUCUAUCUUUGACCAGGAUAUUCGUCCAAAAACGAAGGUGCCAGUUGGGCCCCGACUGGUGAGGACACCAGAUGUGCUAAAGUGCACUUAUGAUGGAAACUUGCCCAUAACUAAGAACCCCAGCGCCACGACUUGAACAGAAACAAGGUGCUUCAUGGAAACAGAAGGUUUUGGCUAAACCUUUUAUGCCUAAUAAUCAUAUCAAUGUCUAUAUGGAUGUGAUAAAACAUGGCUGCAAAACCUUCCAUGUCCGAGUUAUGUUCAUUAGCUCUUUGUAAUAAUGAAGAGGCAUGGAACAUCAUUUCAUGAGGUGAUGUUGGCCUUUUGCAUUAAAUCUAUUUUAUCUAAAUUUUAUGCUUUUGUUAUGCCACUACAAA